AAUUAAAAGGACAAAAUAACAAAACGAAAAACAAAGCUUUGAUUCUAAGCCAUUUUCCUUCCUCCAUCAUAGAGAAAAAAAAAACUAAACACCCAAGCUUUCCCAGCAAAAAUUUCUCAUCUUUUUUGAAAAAAAAGCGACUAAUUUAGGAUCAAAAGAUGGAUAAAUUCAAGAAUAUGUUGAAACCGAAGCCGAAUCCACAACAAUUACUAAGAGAUUGGCAAAGAAAACUUCGUCAAGAGUGCCGUAACAUUGAACGCCAAAUCAGAGAUAUUCAGAGAGAGGAGAAAGGUGUACAGAAAGCAAUCAAAGAAGCUGCUAGGAGAAAUGACAUGGGUUCUGCUAAGGCACUUGCAAAAGAAAUUGUAAUGUCGAGAAAAACUGUGAACCGUCUAUACGAGAAUAAAGCUCAGCUCAAUUCAAUAUCAAUGCACCUUGGAGAAAGUGUUGCUAUUGCUCGAACCGUUGGCCAUUUGUCAAAGAGUUCUGAAGUCAUGAAACUUGUAAACAACCUCAUGAAAGCUCCACAAAUGGCUGCCACAAUGCAAGAGUUUAGCAAAGAAAUGACCAAGGCAGGGAUUAUCGAAGAAAUAGUAAAUGAUUCCCUUGACUCGGCUUUGGAUUCGGAAGAUAUUGAAGAAGAGACCGAAGAAGAAGUUGACAAGGUUCUUUCGGAAAUAGCCGGUGAAACUGCAGCGCAGCUUCCUGAAGCUGUUCGGAAGGAAAGAGUGAGGGUACCUACCCAAAAAGAAAGCACUUCCCAUGAGGAAGAAGCCAUAGCAGAGGGUGCCGACGAUGAGAAAGAGUUAGAAGAGAUUAGGGCACGACUCACCCGAGUUCGAUCGUAAAAGCAUUUUAUUUCCAUCGUCUCCAUUGAAUGGUGGGUUCAAAACACAACAGAUGAGCUUUUUAUAUAUUCAUUUUGAUAGCUUAAAUUGUUUAAAAUCCUUUAGAAGAACAUUAUGCGGUUAAGCAUGUUUGAAUCCAUGUCUUUCAAAUUGCUAUAUUGUUAUAACAGUGACGGUGUUAAUCGAGUUAAAAUUAUAAGGAGUAUUAUUAGAUUUUCGAUGUAA